UUACCACCCCUUGUCUUUGAAAUGGUAGUGUCCAAGGCUUGGAUCCCGGAAGCAAUUCCGGCUCUUUGGUGACGCUGCAUUAGAAGAAAAGAAAUGGCCCAACCUCGUUUGUUCAGCUUGGUCCUCCUCACCGUGGCUCUCGGAGCCCAGGCUCUGACCCCAUCCCAUCACCUUUCCCUGUCAGACGUUGCGAGACUUCAAGCUCUCCUGAGCCAACCCUUCACAGACCUGGCAUCAGCAUACUACUCAAUUGUUGGUCUAAGCAAGCUUGGAGCCUCAGUUGCUGAUGAACAUGAUGCCUGUCAUUUCUUGAAGGCCCAACUGGACCCCAUGAGUGUCGACUCCCUCUUCUUUGCUGCUGAGGCCAGUCAGGCCAUCUCAGACUGUGAGAUCCCGGUGUCCAAUGAGACCCGUGACAUCCUUCUGGCAGCAGUCAGCGAGGACUCCACAGUCACGCAGAUCUUCAGAGCUGUUAGCGCCCUCAGUUCCCUAGGGCUUCCUCUGGCUUCACAGGAAGUCGUCGGUGCCCUGGUCGCCCGUAUUGCUAAAGAGGACAACGUCUUGGCGAUCACCACAGCACUCCAGACUGCCACCCGUCUCUCCCAGCAGGCUGACUUUGGAGGAAUCCUGGAGGAGAUUGAGGAUCUUGCAGCACGAUUGGAUGACUUGGGUGGAGUGUACCUCCAGUUCGAAGAGGGACUUGAGGCAACUGCCCUGUUUGUGACAGCAGCCUACACACUCUCAGACCAUGUGGAUACAGAGCCUCCUCUCAAAGAGGACCAGGUGAUCCAGCUGGUGAACUCUGUGUUCAGUAAGAAGUCCUGGCAAUCCCUGUCUGAGGCAUUCAGCGUAGCCUGUGCUGCUGCCGCCCUAUCCAACAACCGCUUCCAGGUGCCAGUCAUCGUCAGCGCCCAGGGGCCUGCCACCGUCUCCCACAACCAGCCAAUCCUGCAGCUUCUGGUGACUGAUGUCCUCUCCAAUCCUCUUGCCUCAGCCAGUGUGGUGGUGGAAUCUGCUCAAGCUGUGGUCUCUAAGAACGUCAUACUCACCCAGGCACCUUUCUCCCUCAGGGAUGGCAUUUUUGAACUGAACUUCAUGACUAGCCAGCCAGCCAGUGGAUAUUACCAGUUCUCUGUGGCUAUCACCGGGGACACCCGAUUGGUUGCCAGUCAGGUUGAGCUAAAAGUGAAGGUGUCCACUGAGGUGGCCAUCACUAAUAUGGACCUGUCCGUAGUGGAUAAGGACCAGAGCAUCGGCACCAAGACAUCCAGGGUGGACUAUCCCUUCAAGGCCAAGGGUUCUUUUACUGCAGACAGCCACCAGAACUUUGCCAUGACAUUCCAAUUAGUGGAUGUCAACACUGGAGUAGAGCUCACUCCCCAUCAGACCUUUGUGAGGUUGCACAAUCAUAAAACUGGCCAGGAGGUUGUGUUUGUGGCCGAGCCUGACAGUAAGAACCUUUACAAGUUUGAGCUAGACAUAGCCGAGAGGAAGUCUGAGUUUGACUCAAUGUCCGGAACAUAUGCCCUCCACCUAAUUGUGGGAGAUGCCACCUUGGAGAACCCCAUUCUGUGGAACGUGGCUGACGUUGUCUUGAAGUUCCUUGAUGAGGAGGCCCCAGCAGCCAUCCAAUCUAAGACCCUUUACAUGCCUAAGCAAGAUAUCCAGCACCUGUUCCGGGAGCCAGAGAAGAAGCCACCCACAGUGGUGUCCAACGCCUUCACAGCCCUCGUCCUCUCACCCUUCCUGCUGCUGCUUAUUCUGUGGUUCAAACUCGGGGCCAACAUCUCGAACUUCAGCCUCUCCCCCAGCGCUGUCCUCUUCCAUGUGGGCCACGCAUGCAUGCUGGGACUGAUGUAUGUCUACUGGACUCACCUCAACAUGUUCCAGACCCUCAAGUACCUGGCCAUCAUCGGCAGUCUCACCUUCCUGGCUGGAAACCGCAUGUUGGCCCAGAAAGCAGUCAAGAGAAUUGCAAGUAAAUGAUGACCGAAGAUUGGAGACUUAAGAUGAUUAGCUUAGUUUUUGGUUUUCAAGAAGUCAUUUUAAGGACACAUCAACCAUCAGACUGUCAUCAAAGACAUGUUAUUCCAUGAAUCCAAUAGAAAAUUUGAAAUGCAGUUUGACUUCAUUUGAAAGUAAAUGUUAACUCUACCGAGACCUUUGAUUUGAUCGGACAGAUGUUUACUGACACAGAUGCUCCAGCUGACGUCUGCAACGCUAACCAUCCUUGCACUUCAGUUUUGUUUGACCGUUUUGCAAAUGCCCUUCUUAUAUUUGUUUUUAUAAUGGGCUUGGGGAUAUACUUUUGUGGUUUCAUAAUGAAAUGUGGAUGGAUUUUUUUGUUUUUUUUUGUACAUUCAUGUUUCUCAGUGCCCAUCUUACCACUGCUUUGUAAAAAUUUGCAUCAAGAAGGUAGCCAUCAAUUUUACAAGGCCUUUUGAUAGAAGUUGAUUGAGGUGGCUUCACUGACAUGGUCAUUGUAAGUCUAAUUAUUUGCUUGUCUCCUCACUGAAUUACAUGUGGAGGGUGUGAGCUAUUCACUCAUUACAAUAAAGACCCCCCCCCCCCCCCCCCCCCAGAAUAAAAUGGGCAGUCCUAGAAAAUCUGGUGUUUUUGUAAUUAAAGAAAUGGUGAUUAAUUUUCA